CACACUCAAAAAACUCUUACAGCAAUGGGGCUGGGAUCUGAUGAGGCAGAGCCACCACAGCUGCCCUUAUUUUCUGCCCCACCAUUUCACUCCCACGAGCCAUCAGGGACCCUAACCCCACCCCACCACACCUCAGUCUCUGUCCCAUUCCGCUGGGAAGAACAGCCCGGGAAGCCAAGGUUCUGCACUGCCCUGGCCACCCUUCAAAACCCCACUGACUUUUCCCAAAAGUGCUUAGAGCUCCCUCCGAGGCUGCUUUUGGAAGCCAAACAGCUUUCUCCCACCACAGUGUUGGAGGGUCCUUAUGUCGGCAGGCCAAAGUUUCAGUCUUCCUCAUUCAGGAUGGAGUGUUAUGGCGGUUUUAGCCCCGAGCGAGGAGGGGGGCUUGGUGCUCUGGUUCUGAGCAGGAAAGGGAAGGAGAGAGGGUGGUUUGACUCAUGGGGGAGGAGGGUGUUGAAGGGAAAAAGAGACGUUGGUGGGGCUAGUUAUGUCUUUCCAUCUUCUGUGGACGGAGAGAUUGACGGUGGUGGCAGUGUGGGAGGAGAGAGUGGGAGGAUGAAGGUGAAGAAGAAGGUGCCAAGGAUUACAAGGGUUGGGAGCUUUUCUAGUCUCUCUCAUGCCAAACCUCACUUCUGGGCGACAGUCAAACAGAGCUUGAAGCAGGCAGUUCCAUGGAAGAAUAGAAAAUUCAAGAAAGAUGGGUUUGUUAUAUGAUUUAGGCUUGUCUCUGUGUACUUGUGGAGUGCAUCCAAAUCAGUUAAACUGUCAACUUCUCUAGUCCUGUAAUAUUAUAUGUCAAUGGAAAAUGACCUUUUCUUCUCCAUACGCAAGCUAAAGACUUCAGAAACACCGCCGCUGGCGGUGCUGAAAACCGGGAUGGUCCCGAAUUGUGGGGGACUUUGUUAUGGGUUAGGGCUUAGGGUCAGUCCCCAUAGGGACAUGUAAAAUGUAAAAUGAAUUUGUAAUGUGUUUGCGUAAAAUUUAGCCCUAAUUUGAUGUGCUUUA